AUGAAGGCAUCUCAAAGCAUGCAUAAAAGUUAUCAUGACAAGAGGAGGAAGGCUCUUGAGUUUAGUAGGGGUGAUCAUGUUUUUCUGAGAGUCACUCUACUGACCGGUGUUGGGCAUGCAGUGAAGUCGAAGAAGCUUACACCUCGUUUCAUCUGUCCAUACAAGAUCACUCAGCGGGCUGGAGUUGUUGCUUACAUAAGAGCCUUACCUUCGUUGCUGGAAAAUUUGCAUGAUGUAUUCCAUGUGUCCCAGCUUUGGAAGUAUAUUCUUGAUCCUUCUCAUGUAAUUCAUAUGGAUGAUGUGCAUGUGAGGGAUAAUCUGAUUAUGGAUGCUUUACCUUUGAGGAUUGCGGAUCGAGAAGUGAAACAACUCGGGGGUAAUGAGAUUGCUCUUGUGACGAUCGUCUAG